AAAUUUUUAAGUAUAUAGUGCAUUUUUAUAUCGAGUUACUUGGAAUCUCACCGUCUGGCCUGAAGGAGAAAACUGGCGAAUGGUGAAUGAGAAUAAUGAGCGACAACCGAGAGUAUGGAGGCAAAUAUCACAAAAGCACCGUGCCGUGGCGCAGAAACGCAACUCCAUACCUCCAUCUAAUCAAGUAAACCGUGUGCUCAGAGACUAAAUUUGAAUAAUGAAUGGGGACAGCAAGCAAGAAGAUUUCAAAGCGCGCGAAAUUAGAAUGGAUCUUCCGAAAACAAUGUGCUCCAACAACUGUCAAAACGCCACCAAAAUAACGGCGUUCCAGCUAAGACCACCUGAUCCUAAUGCCACUUUCCUACAUCGACCAUUUAUACAUGAAAGAGUCAAUGAAAGCGACUCGAUAAACCUCAGGAUGUCGUGGAACUUUAACGAUUCAAUCAGUGAGAUGUACGGAUUCGAUAUGACUCUAAACGGAACGUUUUCGAACUGUACUUUAGAAAAUGGAACUUGUGUUAGUGAUGUGCAUAAUUAUAACUUUUGGGCACUUUCUUUGUUAGUGUUCCCCUUAUUAACGUUAUUCGGAAAUGUUUUAGUUAUAAUGAGUGUGGCUAGGGAGAGAAGUUUGCAGACUGCAACUAAUUAUUUUAUAGUGAGUCUAGCUGUGGCCGAUUUGUUAGUGGCUGUGGUAGUCAUGCCAUUUGGAGUAUAUUAUUUGGUCAACGGUGUGUGGGGUCUACCGGCCGUCGUCUGCGACUGUUACAUAGCGAUGGAUGUCACUUGCUCAACUUCCAGCAUAUUCAACCUGGUCGCCAUAUCUGUUGACAGAUACAUUGCAGUGACGCAACCCAUUAAAUACGCAAAACACAAAAGCAGCGGGCGUGUAUGGCUGAUGAUAGCGGUGGCGUGGCUGGUCUCUUGUGCAAUAGGAUCCCCAAUUGUGCUUGGCCUGAAUAACACUCCAGACAGAAGUCCCAAUCAAUGUCUGUUUAAUAACACAGACUAUGUGAUAUAUUCGUCUCUGGGAUCGUUCUACAUACCUUGUAUAAUAAUGAUGUUCCUAUAUUAUAAUAUUUUUAAGGCUAUACGACAAAGAGCAAAGAAGCAGAAACUAGCGAAAAAAACAUCUUCCGCAAUUACUUCGGCAGUGUCCAGUGGUACUGCUGCAGUGGUUAUUGAAAAUGUUGCCCAAACACAAAAGUUAGGAGAUGGCUCGCUACAAGACGACAAACCUACCAAUACCGCGUCGGGAAGCAAUGAAGACGAGGAUGAUGAUAACUUUUCUAUUUUCAGCUCCGAUAGAACAGAGAUGGGGGCUUAUGCUGAAGAAUUGGUGAACUCCAGAUCUGCUCGUUUCAUGCUGGCAGCUGUUGUUGAAGAAACUGGCCUGAUAAUGGCCAAUUUAGCAUCACCAAUACCAAUGAUGGAUCCUAACACAAAUAAUGACUCGGGUUAUGCCCCAUCUCAUAUUGAUGGCGACAUCAAGGAGCAUACCCCACCUGCAUCUCCUACACAAAAAGAGCAGAAGAAAGAAGAUAAGACCGAAGAGAAAAGUGAAGCACCAAAGAAACCUGAAUUAAAAAAGAAAUUAAGUCGACUUAGCAGUAGCUCAAUGAUAUCAACUCCUCGGAGACGUUUCCGGAGCGCAGCCUCUGCAGCUCGAUUCACCAUUUUCCGAGCGAACAGAGCCGGGAAACUGCGAGCGAAAUCAUUUGCUAAAAAAGAGAAGAAAGCUACUCAGACACUCGCUAUAGUCUUAGGCGUGUUCCUAUUCUGUUGGGCACCAUUCUUCAGUUGCUCCGUCCUCGACGCCCUCUGUGCAAAAUUUGAACUGUCCUACUCGCCAGGUGUCACUGCCUUCAUAUUGACUACAUGGCUGGGCUACAUAAAUUCCUUCCUGAAUCCAGUUAUCUACACCAUCUUCAACCCAGAAUUCAGGAAGGCGUUCAGGAAGAUACUUAAUUGUGGCACCUAGCCCAUAGACUUUUAUGUCGUAUACAGUUAAUCAACCCACCAAUUUUGUAGAUUGAAUAUAUAUUGAUCAAUUACUAAUAAGUGUAUAUAAAUGAGAUGGACUCAAAUUCAGUAGUCAAAUAUAAAACCUGUUAUAUAAUCAAUGUUCUUAGUUUUUAGUCAUACAAAAAACAAGUACCUAAUUUAAAAAAUUAUGUCUUGCUAAACCAAAAAGCGUAUACCUAAUGUAACUAAGUACUGGAUCUAUUUCUUGUAGAAUUUUUUUUUCUUUAUAAUACUCAUAUUUCUAAUAUUCCAAUUAUUACAAUAUAUAGAUUUAUAUUUAAAAAAUAUAUAAGUACCUAUUUCUAUGAGAGGCUAAACCGAUAGUUUGUUAAUAGUAAUAAUAAUCUAGCAUACAGUCAAGCGAAAGAAUGAAAACAAGCAAAUACUCGUAUUACCCACUCUCAUAAUAUGAAGUUCAUUAAUCAGAUUAUAGGGUCAUUGCACUGUUAUUCUAUUAUAUAUCAUGACCAUAUCCCCCUUUUGUUUAACAUUUUUUAACUCUGAUUAAGAGGAGAGUAAGUGUAGCAAUGAAAAAAAUUGUAGAUAUCCUGUGUCCUAAGAAUAUAAUCCUGAACUAUAACUAAAUGCAGAUGCCAAGUUGGAAUAUCUAA